CGAGGAGAGACGUCAAAAAUCAUCGCAUCAUGAUUCGUUGUGCAGUGUCAGUAAUCUUCGUUUUAGCAGUUGUGCCUGCUCUGGCGCAGCCAACCUGCAGACAUGUGUCUUCGUACCAUACUGUGUGCAGUUCCGUCGAAGGUAUUUUAACCGAAGUGACGGAACGCGGGGAAUAUGGUCGGUUAGAAAUAUUGGACUUUAAUUUGAUAUCGAUUAAACCUGGAGCGUUUAAAAAUCUUUCACUAGUAACUCUAAGCCUGUUUGCCGGAAAUCAAAUUUCGGAUUUGGAACCAGGCGCGUUCGCGGGCCUGCCGAACCUGAAAAAUCUGCACCUUGGAAACAACGCAGUGAGGCUGAUUCCCAACUUGUUUCAAGAAUUGCCUCGCUUGGAAAGAUUGUCCUUGGCCAAUAACAGGAUAACCUACAUACCGGAAGGGAGUUUUAAUGGACUAUCAGAAUUAACAAAGUUACAACUACAUCAGAAUCUGAUUGCGACGAUAAAUCAAACAACAUUUUCUGGUCUUUCGAAGAUAACUUCUCUCGAGCUAGAGGACAACAAGAUAACUAGUGUUGCUCCGAAAUCGUUUAAAAAUCUUAAGAAAUUAAAAUAUCUUCACUUUGACAGAAACAAUAUACGAGAACUAAAAGCCGAUACUUUCAAAGGUUUAAGUAAACUUCGUUCUCUGAGCAUUAAUGUCAACGACAUAGUAACCGUUCAUCAAAGGGCAUUCAAAGGAUUGUCUAAACUGACAACGUUAUCUCUCGAACACAACAAAAUAUCUGAAAUUCGAUCAGGCACAUUCAUCGGUCUGAGAAGUUUGGAAACUCUACAUCUUUAUAAUAACGAGAUUUCAGUAAUAGAAGUUGGUGCAUUCGAAGGCCUUUCGUCGGUGGUGGAGAUCACCUUGAGUGACAAUAAAAUCCAGACUCUGCCGAGUGGCUUAUUCGCUGGACUCACAAACCUGGAGUCAGUCUCCCUGAGGAAUAACACUCUAACUUCAGUUGAUCGAGCUGCAGUUCAGCUACCAAGUUCUGCGACAAUCGAACUAAUUACUGGAUAA